GAUAAUUUUUAUCCAAAUAGACAACAAUUGACGAUUAUGCCUCGAGAAUCAAAAGUAAGAAAUUUUCUUCGAAGUGACGGACUUAAUUCUGAAAGGGCCACCAUCGAAUUCCUAAGCAAUCAUGUGAAAUAUCUCGAACGUAAAGCCAGAAAAAAAUUUAAAGAUUCUAAACUCGAAAAAGAUGCAAUACUCAAUAGGAUCGAAAUUUUAAAUAAAGAAAUCGAAAAUCUGCGAAAAGAAAAAGACAUUCUUACUGUAUCUUUAAGAAUCGUAAAAGAUAUUAUGAAACAAUUCAAGGAUCCAAAAACAGAGGAAUUGCUUCGACAUAUACAAGUUGAGAUGAAAAAAUCUUUACGGAAUGCACAAAGUCCUAAACCAGAAUCGAGUUCGGAAGUGCUUGAAAUUUUUGACGUGGAUAUGCAAGAAGUUGAAACAAAGAAGACCUGGAAUAAUAUUCUAGAUAAUACUGAUGUUUUAUUAGCAAUUAUGUCAUAUCUAUCACCAAAGGAUCUUUUCUAUUUCAUGCAAGUCCAGAAAUAUUUGUACUAUUUACUUAAGUCGAAUGAUGAUGAUUCUCAAAGUAUCUGGAGAGUUUCACGACAACUAUAUUUUCACCAAAAUUUUAAAUGUCCAAUUCAAUUAUCAGAACAAGACUAUUUUGAAAAUAAAGAUAUGUCGACAAUUCGUUUGGAACUUGUAAACGAUCAAUACUUUCCUUCAGAAUUAUUACCAGCGAUUUAUUCAGUAGAUAUUGAACAGCUUCAAGGAAGGUAUAUGGAUUUCACGAUACGGGACCAUCAUGCCGCAUCUCACAUG